CUGGUCUUAACCGAAAACGCCCAGGCUCUUCCUUUCGGCUCCGGCCUUUUGGUCGCCUUUACUGUUCCCGCACAGCUGGGAGCAGACCCUAGUAUGGGCAUUUGGAUUGCUGCAGCAUACCCGUUAACUCAGGCGACUUUUGUUCUAAUGGGUGGCCGCGUCGGCGCUGUGCAUGGGCACAAAAAGGUUCUAGUCAUUGGAAGCAUCAUCUAUAUCCUAUUCAACCUAAUUUGUGGAUUCAUGCGGACCGUCGAAACUAUCAUCGUUAUGCGAGCUCUUAGCGGCGUGGGAGCUGGCAUAAUCGUCCCGAAUGCCAUUGCCUUACUCACGACAUCGUACCCUCCUGGCUUGGGUCGCCUAAUAUGGGUCGGGCUGUUUGGAGCCAUGGCCCCUGUUGGCGCUGGCGGAGGCUCCGUGUUCCCCGGCUUCUUUGGUCAACUGCUGCCGUGGUGGUGGCUGUUCUUCUUCUUUGCCAUCGCCGGAGCCGUUAUUUUCGGUGCCGCUGCGAUUAUUGUACCGUCCGAAGAAGUUACAAUGGAUCCGAAUGGCAAGGUCGACUAUCUGGGCUCUUACUUGGGUGUCGGUGGUCUGAUCUUGUUCAACUAUUCUUGGACCGAGGCUUCCGUCAAAGGCUGGAAUGUCAGCUAUGUCUACGUUCUUCUCAUCCUUUCCGUGCUGCACAUGGCCCUCUUCCUAAUAUGGGAGGCCAAAUUCGCAAAGGAGCCGAUAUUGCCGUUUUCUGUUUGGUCUGCUCCAUCUUUCAAGCCCAUGUUGCUCUCAGCUUUCUUCACCUUUAUGAGCACGGGCAUCCUCUUAUACUAUAUAACACGAUGGCAGAUUGAGAUUCGCCACUUUUCCAACUUUCUCAAUGCCGCCGGAUUUGUGACAUUUACACUCAUGGCAACACUCGCCUGCGGUUUGAGCGCGUUCUGCAUCCGAUAUCUGCCUGCACAGUUUGUGAUGGCAAUUGGGACAGUUUCCGCCCUGGUUUCGGGUAUACUGCUGGCAACGAUGCCAGUACAUCAAACUUACUGGCCGCAGGAGUUCCCGGCAUUGUUUAUUUUGGCCUUCAGUCCUGAUUUCAUCUUUACUGCGGCACAAAUCAUCACCAGCAAUAGCGUCAAACGAAAGCUCCAAGGCGUGGCGGGAUCUCUCGUUGGAACAGUCCAACUGUACGGCUUGAGCACAGGUCUGGGAUUCGCCGGGACGAUUGAGCGGUACACAAACAAGAAUGGCGCUGACCCAAUCGGCGGCAUACGACAUGCCUUGUGGUUUUCUGUUGCGUUGGCUGGUGUGGCAACGCUGGUGUGUGUGGUGAUACGGAUUCCCAAGGAUCAGCGCGAGGGCUGGGACGAAGACGAGAGCGAGGAGCAGCCUUGUGAAUAA